AUUUCCCAGGAAGUAUAGUACACAUUCAAACCAAAACAGUUCUUAUAAAGCAUUGAUUAACAGUCUGCUGGAGGUGAUGGCCAGUUGAGAUUCAGUUGAAUAAUGAUUCACGCCGAUAAAUUACACCCAUAGUCGAUAAUCAUUGGGAUAAUGGAGAUAUUACGCUAAUAAAUACAUUCACACACCAACCAAGCGUACUUGAUACUCCUAAGGGUAAAUAGGGAUCAACUUCGCGCUAAUGAAUACAUUCACUCAUUACAAUUCACUCUAGCACAGAGUACUCGAUAUUCCAUUUGGUAAUUGACGUCCAUUCAUACUAAUAAAUUAUGUUCACACCACAAUUUAGUCACAAUUGAAAAUCUUUGGGGACUCUGAAAAGUGAAUUUUCAACAUUGUACAUCAUUAGAAUAUAUUAUGUACAUACAAAAAUAAUAAUAAAUUAAGUAAACAAAAUUAAAUUAAAGCUAUUAGCACUUCUCAGUGUAAAAUUAAAAAUUAAACGAGCUCUCUGCAGUACUCCAGUGCACCUUUUGCAAAACCAACCAGGUCUGAACAAUCCGGGGAAUUAAGUGUUGCGAUCUCAAAACUAGUAGUUCCCAAAAAGAAUGGGACACAUAGCCAAAAAAAAAUGGUAGAGGUCCUACUUCACACAUGAAUUACACAGUGAACAGCGCUCAGCAGAAUAAUCUCUCAGAGGUAGAUAAGUUUGCAACUAAGUUUCAAGAACCAACUUAAAUUGAUAGAGGACAACUUUACAUUAUUAUUAAAACAAAAAAUGCCUUAAAAUGAUCAAAUUCUUUGUAGAGCAGAAAUCUGUUGUAUCUAAGAGCCAGUUUAGUACAAUGUUAAAUCGCCUAGAAUGAAUGGAUGAUUGUAAAGCCAAGAAUUAAAAGUUUUAAUUUAUAAAGAUGAUAUAAUUUAUUAAUUAAACAAUUAAGGCAACAUUGUAUUAAUUUAAGUGAGAACUUGAACAAUUUCUCACAAAUACAAAAAAUAGACCUAGUUACAGUUUGUACAUAUUUUUUUGCUCAUAACCAUGAUAAAACAGUUAUUCAUAACAAUUGCUAUGAUGAUGCUAAGAUAUGAAUCAAUACAUUUACAAAUAUAAAAAAAUAAAACAGUUCACAGUUUCGGUGUUGGAUUAUUAAUGUGUUUCUAAAGAAGUGUUAUGUAAUGCAAGAAACAUCCGAUGGUUUGAAUAUUUUUACAACAAAAUGUACUAGUUGUGUGAACUGUCGUGUGGUAAAGUUGGAGUCUCUUACUGAAACACGAAUUAGUCGAAGGAGCCGGAACCGAAGAGAAUGAAGUUUGAAAUUCCAGCGCCGAGGCCUCGGAUGGAAUGCGUCCUUGACGAAACGUUCACUAGAGACAUACCGAAGGUUCAAGUUUAUAUAGGAAAGAUAGCCGAUCGUAAAAACACGAGUAAAUCCAUCGUCCUGCUCAAUGCCAUUCAUCCAGUUUACAAUCUCCAGCAUUUGAAGCGGGUAAGGGGAGGGACAGAAAUCCUUCUGUGCCUUGCGGAUGGCAUUGAUGACCCUAUUGAAUUUUUAACAAACAUCGGUUACAACAUUGCCUUCCUUGAUGAAGAUAUUUUGAAAAUUGAUGUGGCCUCCGAACCACCGAAAACAAGAAAACAGUUUGAACAAGCAAAUAAACUAUGGCCUUGUAAUUUCCACGAGGACAAAUACGUUGAAAAACUAGUUAAUAACACUUACUCGGAGAAAGAAAUGGAAGUUCAUGAAAAAUGGAUGAGGAUGGCUUUAGAGUGUCAUGGCGUUGUUAUUGUCGAUCCGAAAGGUGGUACGUGCAUAGCCAGCUCUUCGAGCAAACUAGACGAACACCCUUUGCAACAUUCUAUAAUGGUCGCAAUUGACCAUGUCGCCCGUUCACAAGGCGGAGGGGCCUGGGGUCAUCCGACUGUUGAAGAAACUCUUUUGAAAGGUCACGACGGACCUUAUCUCUGUACAGACUACUAUGCCUACUGCUUCAGAGAACCGUGUAUCAUGUGCGCUAUGGCUCUGGUGCAUAGCAGGGUUAAGAAGGUGUUUUACUCUGUACCAUCCAAAAAUGGUGUACUCGGCACUUCAUUGAAAUUACAUGUGGUCAAAGCUUUAAACCAUCAUUAUGAAGUAUACAAAGGGGUUUUGUACGAAGAAGGUGUUAAAUUAUUGGAAAAAGAUAAAUGAUUUUUGUAAUUUUGUAUUAUUUUUUAAAAAUAAAAUCUAUUUUUUAUAUCA